AUCCAGGCUUAUUCGAAAGACCUGCAACCAGAUAUUACUUGCCAGAAAGGUUGUGUCAAAGGUAAAGUAGCGGUGAUGUUCUACGGCUCGCUUUUGAUAUUAUCCAUCGGUACAGGCGGAGUUAAGGGAGCACUUCCAGCACUUGGUGCUGACCAGUUUGAUCACAAGGAUCCGAAAGAAGCAAAGCAGCUUGGAAGCUAUUUCAAUUGGUACAUGUUGAGCACCACUUUUGGUGCUAUGGUCGGCGUCUCGUUCGUCGUUUGGGUUAGUAUAAACGAAGCUUGGUACUGGGGUUUCUUCAUGGGAACUAUGGCUGCAAUUGUUGGAUUCAUUGCAAUUGGCCUCGGGAAGCCAUUUUAUCACUAUCCACCUCUUGGGAACAGCCCUCUAUUGAGAAUAGCACAGGUUAUCGUUGUCGCAGUCAAGAACAGACGAUUGCAAUUACCGGAAAACUCCGACGAACUUUUCGAGAGCAAUGAUAACGACGAACAUCAUUAUGAUGAAAAACUCCCUCAUACAAAUCAGUUCAGAUUACUAGACAAGGCUGCCAUUGACCCUCAAGAGAUUUCUCCAGAGCCUUGGAAAGUUUGCACAGUGACACAAAUUGAGGAAGUCAAGAUUCUAACAAGGAUGUUGCCCAUCUUAGCCAGUACCAUUAUAAUGAACACAUGCUUGGCACAAUUGCAAACAUUCUCGGUGCACCAAGGGUCCUUAAUGGAUCCCGAAAUUUUCGGGAAAAAAUUCCCUUCGGCAUCGAUACCGGUGAUUCCUCUAGUUUUCAUGGCAUUCCUAAUACCAAUUUAUGAGUUUCUUGUCGUCCCUUUCGCUCGAAAAAUCACCGGACAUCCAUCCGGUAUCACGCAGCUUCAACGAGUCGGUGUCGGUCUUGUCCUCUCGAUCAUAUCAAUGGGCAUCGCCGGCAUAAUCGAAGUUAAGAGGAGGGAUCAGGCGAUAAAAGAUCCAUCUAAACCUAUUAGUCUAUUCUGGCUAUCCUUCCAAUAUGGAAUAUUUGGACUAGCAGACAUGUUCUCCAUGGUAGGACUAAUGGAGUUCUUCUACAAGGAGGCUCCGUUGAGGAUGAAAUCUCUGUCUACGUCGUUCGCAUGGCUAUCGCUUUCGUUUGGGUACUUCUUGAGCGGCGCCUUCGUCGACGUUAUAAAUGCAGUCACCAAGAAGAUUGCCCCGAGCAAGAAAGGGUGGGUAGAGGGUGAUAAAUUGGAUGACAAUAACUUGAACCUCUUCUAUUGGUUCCUAGCUGCUCUUAGCACACUCAACUUCAUUGUCUAUCUGCUUUGUGCAUCAUGGUACAAGUACAAAGAUGAUACCACAGACUCCGAAGCCAUGCCCGAAACAAGGGGCAGGGAGCAGAUAUGGUGAGUUAGUUAUCAAAAACAUAAGAAUCUUUCAACUUAUUUGUU